UUGCUGCUGCGGGGCUGCGUAGGCGAUUCUGUCCUAUGAUGAAUCCAUACACCAUUAAGAAACAGCUUCUGCAUCAGUUUGUACAUAAACCACUUUUCCCACUGCCUGCAACCUUAUGUAACACAGUGAGACACAUGUUUAUUCAAACACAAGAUACUCCAAAUCCCAACAGUUUAAAGUUUAUCCCAGGAAAACCAGUUCUUGAGACAAGGACCAUGGAUUUUCCCACACAAGCUGCAGCAUUUCGCUCCCCUCUGGCUAGGCAGUUAUUUAGAAUUGAAGGAGUAAAAAGUGUCUUUUUUGGACCAGAUUUCAUCACUGUCACAAAGGAAAGUGAAGAGUUAGACUGGAAUUUACUGAAACCAGAUAUUUAUGCAACAAUCAUGGAUUUCUUUGCUUCUGGCUUACCCUUAGUUACUGAGGAAACAUCUUCAGGAGAAGCAGGAUCUGAAGAAGAUGAUGAAGUUGUGGCAAUGAUUAAGGAAUUGUUAGAUACUAGAAUAUGGCCAACUGUGCAGGAAGACGGAGGAGAUGUGAUCUAUAAAGGCUUUGAAGAUGGCAUCGUACAGCUCAAACUCCAAGGUUCUUGUACCAGCUGCCCCAGUUCAAUCAUUACUCUUAAAAAUGGAAUUCAGAACAUGCUGCAGUUUUAUAUUCCGGAAGUAGAGGGUGUAGAACAGGUUAUGGAUGAUGAAUCAGAUGAAAAAGAAGCUAACUCACCUUAAAAUAAUUAGCAUUUUCUUUGGGCCCAGCAGUUGGACUUAUUGAUAAUUAUACGAAACUUUUAUUAUUAAUCUGCUAAGGAACUUGAGGAUUAAUAAAAUGUGCCCUUUUUCCGGAAAAAAAAAAAAAAAAAGAA